AUUUAACGGAAUACAAAGAAAUAUGUUCUUAUUGACAACAGCAUGGGCUGUUACAAAACCUCUAGAACCAAAUCAACCUGAAACGGAAAAGAACCUUCUCAUCACAAUUGCAUUCGAUAAUGAAACAAGUGGCAUCUAUGGCAUUCAAAUAGAAGCAAAUAUAACAAAUGAUCUGUGCCAAUUUCGGGUAAGGAUGACCCUCUGGGAAAAGAUCCAACAGGUUUGGAAAGAAGUUGACGUUGAUUAUUGUAAUAAUUUGAUUCGUUCUAUGCCAGAACGAAUUCGUGAUGUGAUAGAAGCUCAGAGCGGGUAUACGAAGUGGUAG